AACCAAGAAAAAAAAAGAAAGAAAAAAAGAAGAUACAGCGAGUAAAGCCUUCAGGGCUUGUUGUGGGGUUAGCGUGAGACGAACCAGGACUUUUUUCUGCCUUCUUUACCAGUCAAACCAGUAACUCAGGAUAGAGAACACACAAGUACAGCAACAGUUUUUACCCUUGUGGUCCCUGAUGGCUUCGCACAGUGAUACUCUGGUGGUGUUCUUUGGGGCAACAGCUGGUGCAAAUGGGGGUAAACUGGGGUCGGAUGAAAGGGAAUUAAUUCUCUUGGUGUGGCAAAUUGUGGAUCUACAUGAGAAGAAGGUGGGCAAGCUUCAGCGGCGUCUAGUCAAGCCGGACAGUGUGGAUCUUACAGACCAGUGUAAGGAGGAGACCGGGCUCACGGCGGAGGAACUGUGUAAGGCCGAGCCGCUGGAGAGCGUCCUGCAGCAGUUUUAUCAAUCAGUGUCAACUGAACUGAAGUCUUUGGGCAGAAGCUCCUACACGCUGUGUGUGGACGGACCACUGCUUAUCCGACAGGUGCUGCACCCCGAGGCCUCCAAAAAGAAUCUGGUCUUGCUUGAGUGUUUCUACUCAUUCGUGGACUUGAAGAAAGAGUUUCACAAAUGCUGCCCCAACGCAGGCCCUGUCAAAGAUGUCACUCUGCCCUCCAUGCUGGACUAUGUGUGUAUUCCAGCAGUCGUGGAUAAGGAGGCAGGACUGAGUGAGGUGAAGACAAUGGUUUUGCUAAUGCUGCACCUCCUUGCUGAACCUUAUAAUCACAAAUUCUCCACUUUUGAGACUGUAAACUACAAAUUUGAAUCUGGAGCAUGCAGUAAGACAGAAGCUGUGGACAGUGAGACCGUCAUCAGAGCUCGUGGGCUGCCGUGGCAGUCGUCUGAUCAGGACAUCGCUCGCUUCUUCAAGGGCCUCAACAUUGCCAAAGGCGGUGUUGCGCUGUGUCUAAAUGCUCAGGGCCGGAGAAAUGGGGAGGCUCUGGUGCGCUUCAUAAACUCUGAGCACAGAGACAUGGCACUGGAUAGACAUAAACACCACAUGGGCAGCAGAUACAUAGAGGUAUAUAAAGCCACAGGGGAGGAAUUUCUCAAGAUUGCUGGAGGCACAUCCAAUGAGGUAGCUCAGUUUCUUUCAAAGGAAAACCAGGUGAUUAUCCGAAUGCGGGGUCUUCCAUUCACUGCUACUCCUCAGGAUGUCCUGGGGUUCCUAGGCCCAGAGAGCCCUGUGACGGAUGGGACGGAAGGGCUUCUGUUUGUGAAGUACCCUGAUGGACGUCCAACAGGUGAUGCUUUUGUUCUCUUUGCCUGUGAGGAAUAUGCCCAGAACGCCCUAAAGAAGCACAAACAAAUCCUGGGCAAGAGAUAUAUCGAGCUGUUCCGCAGCACUGCAGCUGAAGUCCAACAGGUGUUGAAUCGUUACAUGUCCACUCCACUGAUCUCCACUCUGCCGCCUCCACCCCCUCCGAUGGUCUCUGUGCCGGUUCUAGCCAGCCCACCCUUCAUUACUACUGGCAGCAUGCGAGACUGCAUCAGGCUGAGAGGUCUGCCAUACACCGCUGCCAUCGAGGACAUUCUGGAGUUUAUGGGCGAACACACUAUUGAUAUCAAACCACAUGGAGUGCACAUGGUCCUGAACCAGCAGGGUCGUCCCUCCGGUGAUGCCUUUAUUCAGAUGAAGUCAGCUGACCGUGCGUUUAUGGUGGCUCAAAAGUGCCAUAAGAAGAUGAUGAAGGAUCGUUAUGUGGAGGUGUUCCAGUGCUCCACUGAGGAGAUGAGCUUCGUGCUGAUGGGGGGAACUCUUAACCGCAGCGGCCUGUCGCCGCCUCCCUGCAAACUGCCCUGUCUCUCUCCACCAACCUACGCGGCAUAUCCGGCAGCUGGAACGAUGCUUCCCUCUGAAGCAGCGUUGUUUCAGCCCCCUCUGCUGGCCACUCCAAGAACUCCACAGCCCCCAACACACAGCCCUUUAGCCUACUACUCUCCACCACCACAGCUUUACAUGAACAUGAACUACACUGCCUACUACCCCAGUCCUCCAGUCUCGCCCUCCACUAUGAGUUAUUUUGCGGCCCCACCGGGUUCAGUAGCAGCUGCUCUGGCGGCCCAGACAGCCCCUAACAUCCUGCCUCCUCAGCCUGGAGCAUUGGUGCGAAUGCAGGGCCUGCCGUACAACACCGGGGUCAAAGACGUCCUUAGCUUCUUUCAGGGAUAUCAGUACGCUCCUGAAGACUACAGCAGCUUGGUUGGAGUGAGUGAUCAGGGCCGGACUCUCUUUCAGCCUAAAGAGUGGCUGUGUCUGUAAGGGGAGCUCCUGCAGCUCCAGGCGGACUCUGUGCUCAUGCUGUAUAAUUGGAGUGGUCAGCGUAGUGGGGAGGCUCUGGUGACCUUCCCAAGUGAGAAGGCAGCAAGACGGGCCGUGGCUGAAUGCUCUAACCUUCCCCUCUCCGGCCACCCCAUCCGCCUGGUCUGCUGCGAGUGACCAAACACGGACCGCCACACCCACCGAGGGAGGACCGCACUUCACCCGUCUCACCCCUUUCUCCCUCAUUACCUGUCUUAUGGCUUUUCGGACAGUUUUCCCUCUACUCUUGAUGCAAGGUAGUAGUUUAGGAGGGGACCUGACACAGAAACACUAUGUAUAUGUUUAUGUAUAUGUUAAACCCAUAACAGCAAAGUAACAGUGCCUUGCUGCUUGUGUAAAUGCGAGUAUUUGUGAGAAAGAGCAAUGGCAUGCAUGUGAAAUUCCGUUCCUUUGUGUGUCUUUUGAUCAAGAACUCUUUAUUCUAUUUCAGACUUUAUAGGAAACUUGUAACAUUGAAAGCCUUCAGUUUAUGCAACAAAAACUUCAGCAGAAAUUGUUCAUUUUGGUGCAACACCACUACAUUUAUCUUGCAUAUUGAUAUCAUUCCUGAAACACCAUCCCAUGUAGUCCAGUAAACUAAUGUUAUGCCAUAGUCUUCACCUUGCACUAGGGACACUGCAAAAAAGUAUUUUUGUCUUGUUUUCCUGUGAAAUGCAUUCUUAAACAUUCUUAAAACAUGAUUUAUUUACUUGUCAAGCAAAAUGGAAUAAGAUAUUAAUCUUGUUUAAUACAUCUGACAAAAUUUAGUGAAAUCUGCCAAUGGGGUAAGCAAAAUAAACUUGUUUCCCCUUUGAAUUAAGUUUCUUUUUCUUACCUGUUUGGCAAAUCAUUUUUUCUUGUUUUAAGCAUAUAUCAUACUAAAUUUGAUUUCUCUGGAAACAAGACUUCAAAAUCGUAUGCCAGUUUGCUUGUCAAGUAAAUAAAUCACGUUUUAAGAAUGUUUAGAUAUUUUUAUUGGAAAACAAGACAAAAAUACUUGUCUUGAAAAUCAUUUUUUGCAGUGGAACCAAAAGGUAAUGCAAUGCUGUUUUAUUGCCAUUAAGAAAAAAAAAAAAAAAAAAAAAAUAGACUUAUUCAGCUGCAUUUAAAGUGCAGUGGGAUUCCAAGUAAAGACUAAGACUAUUGUGUUGCAUGUAGGAUUAAAAAGGGCAUAAUGGUUUUCCAAGUGAACGUGCACUGUUGGAAAGAAACUGUGUACUCCCUAGAACUGCAUGAACUGAUUUUUAGUUUAAUCCAUUCAAAGGUAAGGGAACAUUUUUUUUAUUUAAGUAAAAUAUAAGUGUGAUCUGCAUGCUUUCAUGCUCGUUCUUUAUCGAUUGAAUUGACAGUCUGGCCACAUUAGAGAUUAUGUGCAGAUUAUGUGCAACUAUGCCAGGGUCUCACCUUGUUUUUUGACUUGCAAGAAAAUGCAGGCUACUUCAGUUCUUUUCUACUGAUAGCAGGCUGCUAGGAUCAUGUGCAGUUUUUUAUUUCAUGACUACAUAUUACCCAGAGUGCAAUACAGGCUAAACAAAAUGGCACACCUCCCUAGUGUAAGAGGGGGCAUUUUUCCUUUCUAAAAUGUAUGAAUUGUGUAUGUAUGUGAAUAUGUGACUCUUAUAUGCAACAAAUAAAUUGAUAUUGCUCUGACAUAACCA